CCCGGGUGAGGUAGGGGAACCCGGAAGGGCCGCGCCCACAGCCCCGCCUCCGAUGCGAGUAACGGCCGGAGGCCUGGGGUAGUAUCCCGCAGAUGGACCUGCUAGUCGGCCGGCGAGCAGCAUGCAGGCGCCCUGGGGAAUCGUCGACGCCGAGCGGAGCUGGUACGUCUCUGCAGAGGAGCCCGAAGAGGCGGAGGCGGAAGAGCUGAGUCCGUUGCUAAGCAACGAACUUUACAGACAGGAAUCCCCAGGUGUUUCGUUUGGUUUUUCUGUGUUUAAUUUGAUGAAUGCCAUCAUGGGAAGUGGCAUCCUUGGCUUAGCUUAUGUUAUGGCUCAUACUGGCAUCGUUGGAUUUAGUUUCUUGCUGUUGAUAGUUGCUCUCCUGGCUUCUUACUCAGUUCACCUCCUGCUUAGUAUGUGUAUUCAGACAGCUGUGACAUCUUAUGAAGAUCUUGGCCUCUUUGCAUUUGGAUUACCUGGAAAGGUGAUGGUAGCGGGUACCAUCCUAAUUCAGAAUAUUGGAGCUAUGUCAUCUUAUCUUUUAAUUAUUAAAACAGAGCUUCCUGCUACUAUUUCAGAAUUUUUGUCUGGAGACCAUACUGGGUCUUGGUAUCUUGAUGGACAAACACUACUAAUAAUCAUUUGUGUUGGUAUUGUGUUCCCUCUUGCACUUCUUCCUAAAAUAGGCUUUCUUGGCUACACAAGUAGUUUAUCAUUUUUCUUUAUGGUGUUCUUUGCUCUUGUGAUAAUAAUUAAAAAAUGGUCCAUUCCUUGUCCUCUGCCAUUAAUUUAUGCAGAGCAGUACUUCCAGAUUUCAAAUGCUACAGAUGAUUGUAAACCAAAGCUCUUUCAUUUCUCCAAAGAGAGUGUUUAUGCUAUACCUACCAUGGCUUUUUCAUUUCUCUGCCAUACCUCAAUAUUGCCAAUAUACUGUGAACUUCAAAGCCCUUCAAAGAAAAGAAUGCAAAAUGCAACUCAUACAGCAAUUGCUUUAAGUUUUCUCAUUUAUUUUAUAUCUGCUCUCUUUGGAUACCUCACUUUUUAUGACAAAGUGGCGUCAGAAUUACUACAAGGUUAUAGCACAUAUUUGCCCCGUGAUGUUGUCGUCUUGACUGUGAAGUUAUGCAUACUAUUUGCUGUGCUUUUGACAGUCCCUCUAAUCCACUUCCCUGCAAGGAAAGCUUUAAUGAUGAUGUUUUUCUCCAAUUUUCCAUUCUCAUGGAUUCGCCAUUCUUUGAUCACUCUAGCAUUCAAUAUUAUCAUUGUUUUACUUGCACUAUAUGUUCCUGACAUUAGGAAUAUAUUUGGUGUAGUUGGUUCCAGUACAUCAGCAUGUUUGAUUUUUGUGUUCCCAGGACUAUUUUAUCUUAAACUUAGCAGAGAGGAUUUUCUCUCAUGGAAAAAGCUUGGGGCUUUUGUUUUGCUCAUCUUUGGAAUUUUGGUUGGGAAUUUUAGUUUAGCACUAAUCAUUUUUAGGAUUAAUAAAUGAAGGAAAUAUUUUCUCGCUUCUUAUGAAGAAUAAUUUACCUCUAUAUGCAAAAAAGGAAUAAUUAUGGGAGGCACCUUGGAUAAAUCCCUUUUUAUGUGGGUGAACAUUUUUGUAAAUAUUAACAGAACAGCAGAACAAAAUGGAAUAAGUAGGGGAAAGUGGGUUUAUAGCAGUUUUAAUUAAAAUAAAUUUAAAAUGCUCUUCAAUAUAAUCAGUCUUUCUGGGUUUUUUAAAAAAUAAUAGACUAUUUUUUUUUAUUUUUUUUAAGUUUUUUUUUUUUAAAUUUAUUUAUGAUAGUCACACAGAGAGAGAAAGAGAGGCAGAGACACAGGCAGUGGGAGAAGCAGGCUCCAUGCACCGGGAGCCCGACGUGGGACUCGAUCCCGGGUCUCCAGGAUCGCGCCCUGGGCCAAAGACAGGCGCCAAACCGCUGCGCCACCCAGGGAUCCCAAUAGACUUUAUUUUUAAGGGUAGAUUUAAUGUUUAUAGAAAUAUUGAGCAGAAUGUACAGGGUUAUUAUAUCUCCCCUCACUGCCAGCACACCCAUAGUUUCCCAUAUUAUUGACUUAUUGCAUUAGUGUGGUACAUUUGUAAUACUUGAUAAGCCAGUAUUGAUACAAUAUUAUUAACCAAAGUACAGCAUUUACAUAAGAGUUCACUGUUGAUGCAAGCAUUGACAACCACUGAUCUUUUGACUGACUUCAUAAAAACUAUGAGCCUUUCCCUGUGAGCCUUUUCUAGAAUGUCAUAUAGUUGGAAUUGUAUUAUUUAACCUUUCAGGCUGGCUUCUUUCACUUAACAAAAUGCAGUUAAGUUUCCUCCAUGUAUUUUCACAUAGCUUAUUUCUUUUUAUCAUUAAAUAAUACUCCAUUGCUUGGAUGUGCCAGUUUGUUUUUCCAUUCACCUGUUGAAGGACCUCUUGAUUGCUUUCAGAGUUACGAAUAAAGCUGCUAUCAACA